AUGUCUACAUCGGAAGCAAUAGAUACCAGAUUGACUUCUCAUAAAGCUCAGCUUAUAGCUGAGUUCAUUGCGAAGCAUCGUGGACAUGUAAAGGGCAGGGGUAGACCGUUAAUUGUGUCCAUGCAAGGACCACAAGGAGCUGGUAAAAGUACUUUAGCAGCCGCACUGGUCAAGCUGUUAGCCUCGUCUUAUAAGCUUACAACAGCAGUAGCUUCACUUGACGAUUUCUACCUUGAUCGUGAAGGAUUAGAUGCAUUAGCAGCUACACAUUCCUCCAACAAGCUGCUUCAAGGUAGAGGGCCACCUGGUACUCAUGACAUUGAGCUUCUCAAAAGAACCCUUGAACAGGUCCGACACCGGCAGUCGAACAGCUCUAAUUCAGUGGCUUUACCGGUUUUCGAUAAGAGUUUAUUUAAUGGUCGUGGUGAUCGUUCCAAAUCCACAAUCCCCAUCAACCCCGUUCAUUUAGAUGUGUUCAUGCUAGAAGGGUGGUCAUUAGGUUUCCACAGCCUCCCAGAAGAUCGGCUUAGAGAAUUAUGGAAAGUUGGAAAAACAGCAAGUAAACAUGAGUGGAAGAGUAUUUUACAAGUCAAUGAUAACCUCUCCCAGUUGAAUACAGAGACGGACAGCUAUUUCGAUUGUCAUAUCUCGAUAACGCCUUUAGAUUGGGACUAUGUCUAUCAAUGGAGAUUGCAACAAGAACAUCACAUGAAGAGGGAUAAUGGCGGAUUAGGUAUGUCAGAUGAAGAGGUCAGAUCAUUCGUAGAUCGCUAUAUGCCUUGUUACGAACUCUAUGGGAAAGAAAGCUCGGUGAUAGAGAGCCUGAGACUGGUAUAUGGAUCUGAAAGAGAGGUGGUGAAAGUUGAGGAAGAUUAA